AUUCGAACCUUGCGCGUCUCUGUUGGGUGGUAACGUAGAUCGAGAAAUUUUUAACUUGGGAGUUUGCUGUUGUAUGUAUGUGAUAGUGGAUUUAGGGGAGCUUAAAAGUGUGUUUUUAUCAGUGGACAUUGAUUGUGUUUCCGAUAGAUCAUAUUUUCGUAGCAUAAUUUGUGUAAAAUAGUCUCAUUGGCAAGAACAAAGAUCGAUUGCCUUCCAUUGCACGUUUUGUAGUUUCUCUUGGAAAAGUGAUAAAAAAUAAUAACAAAAAAACUAAUAGCAAAAUUAGGAAAGCAAAAUUAUGCAAAAAUGGAGGACAUGGAGUAGUUUGACCAAUGAAUUUGAUCACGAGCUUGUGAAAGAUGAAUAUUCCUAUAUACCAUUAAUAUGUUCCCUAAAUGGUAUCGAGUGUCCUAGCAAAGACAAUAAUUAAAUUUAUUUUCUAAAAUUUAUUAUUCUAAUAUUUAAAAUAAAAAUAAAAUGUUGUCAUUUAUCUUUAUUGUUUUUUAUUGAUUACUAAUCAAAUGUUGAACACCAAUUUUAUUAGCUAUUCACGUAUUUUAGUAGCAAAAUGUGGAAAGCCAUUUUAGGAAUACAUAAAACAUCUCCUUUGACAGAAAUAAUUUAUUCCUAAUUAUCAAGAUCGCCAUGACAUUUUGCUUUUAUCUGACACUACCCAUAUUUUAUGGGCCGAUUGUCAAAGUCUCGUCUUAAAUAGUUAAAAUUCGUCUGAAUUGUCUCACUGUGCGUGUGUUUAUUGCAUUGCAAAUUUCUUAUUGAAACCGGAGCUUGUAGCAAUCCAGUGCCUAGUGAAAUCGACGCGUUUUAUUACUUUAAUUGAAUAAUUAACAAAAAUAGUCUAUAACAAUUGAUUAGUUUUGGUUAGUUGAAUAGACCUAAUUUUUAUUGAAAUUAUAAGUGGUAAUAAAUUAAUUAUUCAAAACGUCCAAGGUUCACAUGCAGUCAUAUCAGUUAUUGUGCACUUUGAAGUAUUGUAGAAAAAGUAAUAAAGACAAAUAACAAAAUUUUUUUCACAACAUUUAACUUUUUUUAGUUUUAAGUUCUUUCAUUCAUAUUUUAGGUUAGGAUAAAGAUAUGUGAGUUAUGCGGUAAAACAAUUUCAAGUUUAUUAAAAUGAAUCAAGUCUUUCACUGACGUUUAUUUCCCAAAUUAUCGGAAAUUUCUGCCGACCGUAGGUAAUGAUGUGGACACUUAAUCAGUGCAUAAUUGGGUAUUUUAAAGUAGAGAGUAAAAAAAGCACAAGAAAGUAUAGUAAGCAAUACGUUGAUAAACCUCUAGCGACUCGUUCAUUAAACAUUCGAAAACAAACUCGUGACUAAAGUGUGGACUAUCAAACUUUUGGAUGUAUAACAUCUUCCAGUAGGAGAAUUUUGAUAUAAACUACUAUUCUUGCUUUUAUUUAUAAACCGUGAGGGCAUACAGAUUAAUUGCAAAAACAGAGAUAAAAUACUGCCCACGAAUUUUUAAUUACCCGUUGUAAUAUGUACACCAUUCAGUCCUAUUCAUCAUAACGUAUGUAUUUGUAUACACACACGCAGUGUUCGAUGUUGAGCAUAAAAUUCUAAAAAUAAUCGUUUAGCUAAAAGCGGAUUUUUUUAAUUGCGGGAUAUAUCUUACGUAAACAGAUUGGCUUCCAAUGUCAUAAAUUUGUAAUUGACUUGGGUGGAGGUGCCUGUUUAUAGAGCGAUCUUCUACCGAGUGAUUAAACACCAACUGACCCCUCGUUUUCUUAUGUGAAUAGCUAUAAAGCUACUACAAUUCCUUUUCCGAUUUACUUACAUACAAUAGUUUGCUUCAAAGUUGCAGCAAUAUGUUUUUUAAAUAUUGUACUUCGUUUUUCUUUCGCAAGCUCUUGGAACAAUAAUGUAAUAUUAAUUUAAACCGUCUCUGGGGGAAAUGAUUUCAGAUUAUGUGGCGAUGAUAGCAAUAACCACAAAAAGUCGUUUUACUAUUAUUAAUUGUCGUAUGGUAUUUCAAACAUAAAUGGCAAAUAAACUUCUUUCUUUUGCCAAUAAAAUUGUUUGACAAGCUUAACAUAUAUUUUGGAAGGAUAAACUUAUCAUUAAAAUGAAGAGAAGUAUAAUUUUUUUAAGUGAAGAAAUUAUGCGAUGAAGAGUUUUGUUUCGUUGGAUGGAUUCCUUUUCUUAAAAAAGCGCCUAUGCAAUAUAUGUGACUAUCAAUGUAGGUCACCAAGAUAUUGAAGAUGAUUUUAAUCACAAAAUUGAACAUUAAAACCUUGCUGUGGUGGCUUAACGUAAUCCAGAAAAAUCUCCUGAUCGAGCAGCUACUGCCAGACUAAUUUAACUUUUGAAAUGUUUCGUAGAAAUAUUUAAAUAUUUAAUUUAAUCAUUUGUUGCCUGCGAAAGAUCGAAAUAGAAUGUGCCUUUUCUCUUUAACUCCAUGCAGUCAUGGGUUUUUUUAAAAUUUUCCACUCUUUUGCCCCUAUUGUACAAAGUACAAGAAAGUUGUAAAGUCACAUAAUCUUUCAGGUGCAACGCAUUUUUCACUUUUCAAAUAAAGCCAAGUGCUAAGUACUAACAAAGUCGCCUGCUGCACUAGGGCCCAGGUCUCAAGAAAAACGUUAUGGCAUGUGUACUCUAAAUAUUUCUAUAUAGGGUGUUUGGCUAAGGAUUCGUUAGCGGGCUUAUAGACCCGUUUUGAAUAUAUUUCAUUACUAGAGCUGUGCCAUAAACGUCCCAGAUUUUUUUAUGUGUAAUAUCUUUUAUAUUUGGCAAUGUCCGUUCACAAUUCAUUAUUUCGGUAGAGUUUGUGACUUAUUAUGACAAGUUACGUUUAGGAUACAGAUCUAUUAAAAAAAUAUAUUAGCAAUAGGGUGGCUACAUAUCUACCAAGUUUGGCCAAACACCCUGCACAUCAUAGGAAAGCCUAACUAAAACUUACUCUAAAUAUCGGCUAAUCCUGGAAAACUCGACGCAUUUGUAAAUGGAAAUUUGGCAAUAAGCAAUAACCAAUUAAUGUUUUCUUCUACGAAAAUAUUGUUUAUCAUGAUUUACUUGGUAGUUAAUAUUAAGUCUUAAGUGGAAUAUGUCAUAUGCCGGUACGGAACCUCAUCAUGGAAUUAAACCAUCAGACCUGGUCACCUGACGACUGCUGAGAAAUUUAACUGUUUCAGAUUUUCUGGAUAAAUAAUUCGUUAUUAUGUAUAUUGCACAAUCAAUAAGGAUAUUGAAUAGUAAUACAUACGAUAUAAUUUUUCGCAUUGUUCUUAGCAUAAGCUUAAAGUGACGUCAUCGAUCUUUAUUAUCAACGUAAUACAACCAUACGUCCAACCAUUUAUUUUCGAUAACAUUUGUCCUUCCUAAGAAAAUAACCAAUGCGAGACAACCCGGGUUAAAUCUAAUCUGACAAGAAAAUUAGCUGGAAAGGCGUUUAUCCAGCUGGCACGAGAAACGAGAGCGGAAUAAUGCCACUUGGGUUAUUAUAAAAUCCAAUGGCGAAAUUUGACAAUUUUUUCUUUUUCUCAAGGUUCCAUUUCCAUUUAGUGAAGGUUCGAUAAAAUCUCAGCCAAUCCCAUUCGGUCCGUAGCAGCUUCGGACAGGGUGUGAUCAUCUAAGAUAGUGCAUUGUCAGAUAUUCUUAACCCGGGAGUAUUUUCUUCUCAUCUUCCGUUAUUAGUGUAAAAAGCCGGCAUUUAACGACCUUGGUGAUUAUUAGCAAUAACCAUUCCUGUUGGGCUCUUCUGAAUAUUUCGUAGUUCGUAACAUAUGCUCCCUAAGAUCCACAUUUUGAACGCUUCUAUUUUACUGAAAAAACUCAAGUUUCAAGGUAUUUUUUUCAUUGUUUUUUCAUUUGGUGGAGGUUCACGUGAUUUACUUAUAAUUAUUACUUUGGUCAAUCCUGACUUCUCUUCCAUUAUACUUAAUUUGUUUAGCAAGCGUUGAAUUGCUGAUUUGAAAAAUUCGAUCAGUUAAACUCUCAAGACCACCAAAAGUUUUAAGCUAGCCAAUAGAAAUUUUUUGGGUUUUUGGGUUCUUGUUUGCUAAAUUUUUCUUUACUACAAAUUCCUACUUUGUGAGUUCUUCUGGUGCUGUAAAUCUUUGUUGGUGGUGUACCAAUCUAAGAACUAAUUACCCCCCCCCCCUUGUACUUAUGGUAACUUCGUACAUUUUGUCCCAAUGACGUCACUUUAAACAUCGUACUGUCAUUAUAUCGGCAGCCUAGUCGCGUGCGAAUGGCUCACCUUGUAAAUGCGUAUCGCUUAUUUCGACUUGGCAGUUUGAAUCGUCCACCGAGGCUUCCUCUACUCGUAUUUUCGAACCAUUAUUACUGUCGAACGGCGCGCCGUUCUAAAUCCGUUAAGGCUCGCGCGCAGGCGUAAAUUAAUUUUCGAAAAAAAAAAACAAAAAACAAAAAUGUGUCGUGCAAUGUCCGCCGACAACCGUAUGUUUUUCUAACGCGGGUGACACGUGAUCAGGUCCGAUCCGCCCGGCCAACUUCGAUUAAUUUUUCGGUUUUUGACGGCGACGACGCGGAUUUUGCAAUUUUGGUCGCGUGACGUUCGUUUCGAAUUUUGGCGCGAACCGCAAGCGUUCUCGUCAUGGAUAGGUCGAUGUACGGCAAGGUAAUCCCCGGCACGCUGCAUCCGUACGAGUGCACCUUAAAGCAUGGGACGUCACCAGGAUGUGCUAAGUUGAAGAAACACGCUAAAAUUCCGAUCUACGUGGUCGAGUAUCACCACGAGGUGUUACCGUUCAUCUACAGAAAUAUCGGAUCGAAGCAUCUGCCGUUAUACAAUGCGACGAUUGUCCACCUCGACUCUCAUCCCGACAUGCUCGUGCCUCAAAUGCCGGCAGAUACGGUCUUCGAAAAAGACAAACUGUUCGAAGAAGUAAGUAUCGAGAAUUGGAUUUUGCCGGCCGCGUACGCCGGCCAUUUCGACAAUAUUAUCUGGAUCAAACCGCCGUGGGCCGAGCAAAUUCGAGACUCGAGUCAACAUUUUACGAUAGGUAAAGAUAAACGGACCGGUACCAUUAAACUCGAUUGCAAAGAGAACUACUUCAUCUACGAGUGUUUGUAUAGGAACAAAUCCGACCUAGAAAACCAGAGAGUUAUUAAUUUGGACGUCGUGACGAUUGGAAAAGAACUCAGUAACGAAAUCGACAACUUGGAACCAGUGAGUGACGUGUGCAAAAAGUACAACGCUCCUUACGUGUUAGAUAUCGAUUUGGAUUUUUUCAGCACUAGUAAUCCGUUUAAAAAAAUGUACGAUAAGGCGAAUUUGUACGAGCGUUUGAAGGAUAUUUAUCGUAUCGCACCUCCGAAAUCGAAAGAGGAUAGAGACGUGAUACGGUUCACGCGGGAAAGAGAAAAACAAAUUGAAUAUUUGGGAAAGGUUUUUAAGCAUUUGGAGGAUCACAGGGAGUUGGCCGUCGAGGAAAACCCUUCGGAAACGUACAGCAAAAUCAGACAGCUGCGGGAAGUCAUGCUAGAGAAUUACACGGAUAAAGAAAUUUUGUGGGAUUUGGUGCACGAUUCCGGAUGCACGUGUGACGAUUCGGAGUUGCCGCAUCACGUGUCGUCCGAAACGGAGUUGGAAAUCAUGUUUCGAGCUUUCCGAAAUUUCUUAGAAGCGUUGCCCACGGCGCCAGUUAUCGUAACGAUAUCGAGAUCGACUGAGGACGACUACACGCCCAGCGAAGACGUGGCGCUCAUACAAAAUACCGUCGUCGGUAUUUUAAAAGAAAAAUUCACUUGCGACGAGCCGAAUUUGAACUACGAAGAACAGAGUGAUUAAGUUUGACGUUCGAUUGUAUUGGCGAUUUGAAAAUUCUAUCAGACCUCUGGCAGAAAAACUGUUAUGCUCGUUCGGAGGUAAAAUUUGAAAUGGUUUCGUAGUUUUCAUAUAUGAGGUUCAUGUUGUUCACGUUGUGUUGCUAUGUUGAUAUUGCUUAAAAAAUACAUGGUUCAUUUGGUAUCGUUCAUUCGCGAAUUCAUCCCAGUCUCGAAUAUUAAAAUAAAAACAUAAAAUAACAAUUAUCCUAAUCAUUAGAGUUCGGAUUUUUAUGCACGAAAUGCAAGAAAUGGUUAAAAUAUGCGCAUAAAUAUGUCUGUUUUUUUUCAAAAAAUAUGUCAAAUAUAUACUUUUUCUACCAUCUAUGUACUUUUAUGCCCUUUAUUUUUUACAUAUAUUGUUGACUCAAAAUCAAAGAAAGAGUAGUCAAACAAUGAAAAAAAUUACACUUGAAGAGAUGCUUUAACAAUUUUUUUUUACGUUCGGACGCUUGGACAGCAAAUAAAAUGUUUAAAAAGCUUGGAAAAAUUCGAAAGUACGUAUGAAGACGAGGGAUGUAUUUCAUUCAAUCACAAGCACCAUCAGUGAUAAUUUUCAGAAGAUGUUGUUAAAAUCACAUUAGAUAAAAGCGUCAAACAAGAAAAGGGACGAGGGCUUAAUUCUUAGGUAACGGGAUUUGAAGGCUAUAAAUAGAAAGUCCAGAAUAUUGCAGAUACAUUUAAUUUUUAAUCUUAUCCGUUUGGAAAAUCCCAGUAAUAAAUGAAUGGGUCAAAAAUAUGGGAUUUUAUGUUAAAAAAAUACACAAUAUUUACUUUAUGCACAACUAACAUUUUAUGCGAAAUAUGUAAUUUUUUUAUAUCCUUAAUCUAAUUAUUUCGUUCUAGAACAGGUAUAUCCAAAAUAUUGGGUUGAUAUUCCUAAUAAUAAAAUGCAUAAAAUCCUAACUCUACUAAUCAUAAUAGCCUUUGAUGUAAAAAUUGUAUUCUUUAAACCUACCUACCUACCUCACUUUUAGAAAACUGUAGCAACGAUUGUUUUUAACUUUGUUUGUUAGCUUCUAAAUGAUAAUGCAAAAAUAUCCUUUGAAUUAUGGAUAUCUGGAGUAGAACACAUUAAAAUCACACGCUUUUAAUGUAAUAUGGUUUCGCCCUCUUCAAAACACCGAUUUCAGUGUUGCAGUUUAAAGACGUUAAUAUAUAUUUCAUCGUUUUUGGACCAUUAUCCACCAACAUAACACCGCAAUAAAUGAUAACAGCCACGAAUAGUGCUUUAUCGUCACUUAUCUAGUUAGAAUGAGCCGGUCAAAGCUUUAAAACUAAAAUGGCCAUGUUCGUCCACUGCCAUGUUUGCAGCGUCACCAUGGAAGAAUAAAUUCGCUAAUAGUCACAUAAUUACUUGCGUCUAAACUGGAAUGGCAACUGCACGACGCGAAAUAUGUGUUAUUCUUGCUUCCUUCAUACGCAGAUUAACAAUUUUCCCGACAGAGGUCUCACUGAAUUGUGACAUCGCCCAUAAUAAACAAAAAUAAUUUGUUAAACACUCUAACUUGCCCAUUAGCACAGGUAUGAUGUCUGUGGUCGAGAAAUUUAGAAUUAAUUAUUUAUUGUCUGUAGUGGAAAUAUUUGUUUUAAACCUAAAUAAAUUGAAUCUUACGUGUGCAUAAUGGUUGCUUAUUUUAUCAAGUGUCGAAGAUCUUCUCUAUGCUGAACAAUCUGAUAGAGAGCCUGUUGCCAAAUUUCGGCAUGAAUGGCAAUUAAGUGCCAUGGAGCUUACAUUUUCUUCCAGAACUUUGGAAAGAUUCGACGAUUAUCCAUCUCGACUCUCAUACUCCUGCUUCAAGUAAGUAUUAGGAAUUGGAUAUUGUUUACGUCUGCCAUUUCGAAAAUAUUGAGUAUAAGAAGUGGACCAAGCAAAUUCGAGAUUCGAUUCAAAGUUUUACAGUAGGUAAACAUAAAUGGACCUGCACCAUUAGACACGGAUUACAAAGGGAACUACUUCACACACGAGUGUUUGUAAAGGAACAAAUCCGAUCUGGAAAACCAGAGAAUUGUUAAGUUCGACAUCUUGAUGAUAGAAAGAUGAAGAAGAAAGAAAAAUAAAUCGAAUAUUUGGGAAACGUUUGUAAAUAUUUGCAGGAUCACAGGAGUUGACAGUUGAGGAAAACCUCGCGGAAACUUAGGACAAAAUUGUGCGGUUGAGGCAAGUCAUGCCGGUGGAUUACAUGGAUAAACAAAUUUUUCAAAAUGUUGUUCGACCGAGCACGACUAAAAUAUCGUCGUCGGUAUUUUAAAAGAAAAAAUCAGUUGCGACUAGCCGAAUUUGCGACUACGAAGAACAGAGUGAUUAACUUUGGCUUUUGUUUGUGUUGUAACGGAAAAAUGUCAAGCUCAUUCGGAGGUAAAAUUUGGAAAGGCAGCGUAGCAUUCAUAUUUGGUAUCGUUCGCGAAUCAGUGCCUAACUGCCUUUGAUGUAGGAAUUGACGUCUUGAAUCCUGCGUAGCACACUUUCAGAAAAUUGCAGCAAUGAGUUCUUUGUUAGCUUGAAGUUACAAUACAAAAAUAUCCUUUGAGUUAAUCGGUCUCUGAAGUAGGCUAAACACCAACGUCCGCAUUACAAUUUAAGUAAGAUAUAUAUAUUUCACCAUUCUUGGGCCGUUAUUCUCACACAACACGCUACAAACAGAGCCAGGAAUAAUGCUUUAUUGUUUAGUGUCACCCGUGUCACCAACGCAAUUAAAUUCGCUAAUAGACAGAUAAUUUUUUGCAUCUACACUGGACUGGCAACUGCACAUGGCGAAACGUGUUUUGUCAUUUUUUUCCUUUCUGAUUCGUUACCGCUGAAACGGACUGAAAGCGUUUGUUGUACAUUUGGGGUCUGCUUUAGUGCUCUGUGUUGAUAUUUUAAAUAUAUUGUUUAUUAAAAAAUGCUACACUGCUAUU